AUGCCAAUUAAAGCAUACAGGUACAUUGAUCUGGUGUUGCCAAAGAUCUUUUGCGAUCUACCAGAGUCACUUGCGAAUGGCUCUAUUCCGGAGGUACAAUCUACCAAUAUUACAGCUUUCCCUUACGACUUUGAGAUCACGUAUGUGUGCAAUGAAGGCUACCGAUUAAUUGGAAGUAGCUGGCGGUUCUGCAGUAAGAAUGGAUGGUCUGGAGAUACACCAUACUGUGAAGAGAUCCGAUGUCCAGAUCCAGGGGUUCCAGAGUAUGGCUUAUCUUCCAGAGAUAGCUUGAAAGUUGGCAGCAAAGUCACCUUCUUUUGCUUCAAUGGUUACAAUCUCAUCGGAUCAUCUGAAAGGUAUUGUAUGCCUAAUGGCCAAUGGAACGGAGAAGUAGCCAGAUGUGACAACGAAGAUAACUACUGCCCUGACCCUGGAAUUCCUGUGAAUGGAAUGAAGAAUAGUAGUCAUUAUGAUAUGGGAAGUAAGAUUCGCUUUCAAUGUAGGCCUGGUUAUAUUUCAAUGGGAUCGGGUCUUAUAGAAUGUCUGCCAAACAGAACCUGGUCAGCAAAAGGAAUGAAAUGUAUCGGUCCCUAUGAAUUUGAUGACAUUGAUCGAGUAAGCAGAAUUUUGAAAUUAAAAUUGGACGACAUAACACGUCAACAAAAAGAACGUCUUCCAUCUCAGGCCAUUUGGCUCCACAGAACCAAGAAAAGAAGCGAGAGAUUCAUUCUGUAUUUUGUAUUUAACCCGUCACGUAGGCUUGGAAAGCGCAAUUUGCGCAGUACUGUAGACUUUGCCAAGGCCAUUAUAAGGAAGGUUGGCGUAAGCGAGUAUGGGACAAGAAUUGGAGCUUCCACGUUCGGUUCUAACGCUGAAAAAAUAGCAUUCUCACCUACUAGCUACAGGCGUACGGAAGAUGUUCUCCGCGCCUUGGACAAAUUCGAGGACACUGGUAGUGGAAGAACAACACUUGCUGCUUCCUUAGAAAACAUAAGAAAAAACUUCCUUCAUCUGACUGAACAGGCUUUUGGUAGGAGAGGACAGAAAUUUAUUAUUUUCAUUCUUACAGACG